CCAGGAGUCCCUGAGGGCGCUCGGGGCGCUGAUGGAGGCGUUCCUUACGGACUGGGUUUGCUCUCCCGAUAUUCUGAGCAGAACGCCAUUAAACCUGUUGCGCUCCUCUGCCAGUCCUUAUUAGAUUACAGAAGUUGAAGAUUAAUAUAGAAGUUAAAACAAGCCCUAAUUAUAUAAGUUCUGUGUUUAAUAGCAUAUGUGCAUGAAGCCAUCGAUGCGUCAGCGUAGUAAUUAAUUAUUUCCACUUGUUUUGAACCUCUGGCUUUGUCCCGAAGCAUUAUGUACUGCAAAGUCAGAACUUACAGGUGAAAUUCUGUAAUGAUGUUGUUUCGGGCUGUAUUUGAUGCUACUUUUGAAUAUAUCUGUCAGAAACCUGCUGUAAAAAGUAGCAGGCCAUGGAGAUUUUCAGGCAUUUGGCUGCAGAGAGGGAAGGGCUCUCCAGGGAGAGCGUGAGUCCCCUCAUCGCUGCUUUAAACCUGUAGAUUUGCUUCUCUUGGCUGCUGUUCACAGACCCUAAAUCAUUAGAACUAAUGCCCGGGCUCUUAACUCGCAGUUUCAGGAAUGAUAACUGUAUUUGAUGGGAUUUCUGUUAAAAUAGACCCACAUUAAUGUCAAGGCUCUGCUGGUCUUUUCGUGUGGGGAAGAAAUGCCGAGGUCAAACAUAUUUCCUUAAGAAGAUUUUCUCCUGUUUCCAGAUAAAGGAGACUUGGUUUCCAAAUCAGAUUAGGGCCCAGGCACGUAAUUAAACGUUAUUGCGUCUGCAGACUGUGACUGACAGUGUGAGAACUGCUAACGAUUAACGGUACAAGCAAAAUAAUUCAAUUCAGCUCCUGGCAAAGAUGUCACUCUCCAAAAGGGAAUUGGAUGAGCUGAAACCAUGGAUCGAGAAAACAGUGAAGCGAGUCCUGGGGUUCUCGGAGCCCACUGUGGUCACCGCAGCGCUGAACUGCGUCGGGAAGGGCAUGGACAAAAAGAAAGCAGCUGACCACCUCAAACCCUUUCUUGACGAUUCCACCCUGCGAUUUGUGGACAAGCUCUUUGAAGCAGUGGAGGAAGGCCGAAGCUCCAGGCACUCCAAAUCCAACAGCGACCGGAACCGGAAGCGAGAGCUGAAGGAUGUGUUUGGCGAUGACUCUGAGGUAUCCAAGGAAUCUUCUGGCGUCAAGAAGCGGCGCAUACCGCGAUUCGAGGAAGUGGAGGAUGAGCCUGAGGUCAUUCCAGGCCCACCAUCAGAGAGCCCUGGGAUGCUGACCAAGCUACAGAUCAAACAGAUGAUGGAGGCAGCCACACGGCAGAUUGAAGAGAGGAAAAAGCAGCUGAGUUUUAUCAGUCCUCCGACACCACAGCCAAAAAUUUCUUCUUCAUCCCAAUCGGAACGUCUCCCCAUUGGCAACACGAUCCAGCCCUCCCAGGCAGCAACAUUCAUGAAUGAUGCCAUUGAGAAGGCCAGGAAGGCUGCAGAGCUGCAGGCCCGUAUCCAGGCUCAGCUGGCCUUGAAACCGGGGCUCAUUGGCAACGCCAACAUGGUGGGGCUGGCCAACCUGCACGCAAUGGGGAUCGCGCCGCCGAAAGUGGAGCUGAAGGAUCAGACAAAGCCAACGCCACUGAUCUUGGAUGAGCAAGGCCGAACUGUUGAUGCGACUGGUAAAGAGAUUGAGUUGACUCACCGCAUGCCAACCCUAAAAGCAAACAUCAGAGCUGUGAAGAGAGAGCAGUUCAAACAACAGCUUAAAGAAAAGCCCUCGGAAGAUAUGGAGUCGAACACUUACUUUGACCCCCGGGUCUCCAUAACCCCAGCCCAGCGUCAGAAACGCACCUUUAAGUUCCAUGAAAAAGGCAAAUUUGAGAAAAUUGCCCAGAGGUUGCGAACGAAGGCUCAACUAGAAAAACUGCAGGCAGAGAUCUCGCAGGCUGCCAGGAAGACGGGGAUACACACUUCCACCAAGUUGGCUCUUAUUACCCCAAAGAAGGAGCUGAAAGAGGGGGAGAUCCCAGAGAUAGAGUGGUGGGACUCCUACAUCAUCCCUAAUGGCCUUGACUUAAAAGGUGGAACAUCUUCAAAGAGAGACGAGUACUUCGGGAUCACAAACCUCGUGGAGCACCCAGCGCAGCUCAACCCGCCAGUGGACAGUGACACACCAGUGACCUUGGGUGUUUAUUUAACUAAGAAAGAGCAGAAGAAAUUACGGCGACAGACUCGGAGAGAAGCCCAGAAGGAGCUGCAAGAGAAAGUCAGGCUGGGCCUGAUGCCACCGCCAGAGCCCAAAGUAAGAAUUUCAAACUUGAUGCGAGUACUGGGGACAGAAGCUGUUCAGGACCCAACAAAAGUCGAAGCUCACGUUAGAGCGCAGAUGGCAAAGAGACAGAAAGCUCAUGAAGAAGCAAAUGCUGCGAGAAAGCUCACAGCAGAACAGCGAAAAGCGAAGAAGGUUAAAAAGCUGAAAGAAGACGUGUCACAGGGAGUUCACAUAGCUGUGUACAGGGUCAGAAACUUGAGCAAUCCAGCAAAAAAAUUCAAAAUAGAGGCGAACGCUGGCCAGCUGUACUUAACAGGCGUGGUGGUUUUACACAAAGAUGUCAACGUGGUCGUGGUAGAAGGAGGUCCGAAAGCACAGAAGAAAUUCAAACGUCUUAUGCUUCACCGAAUAAAAUGGGAUGAGCAAACAUCAAACACAAAGGGAGAGGAUGAUGAUGAGUCCGACGAGGAGUCUGUUAAGAAAACAAACAAAUGCUCUCUGGUUUGGGAGGGCACAGCGAAAGACCGCAGCUUUGGCGAAAUGAAGUUUAAGCAGUGCCCCACGGAGAACAUGGCACGGGAGCACUUUAAGAAGCACGGCGCGGAGCAUUACUGGGACCUGGCCCUCAGCGAGUCCGUGCUGGAGUCCACAGACUGAGGUGAGGGGGCUGCUAGUGCCCCCCUCCUCACACCACAACCCCUCCUCCAGAUCUCAGACAGACCCCUCCUCUCCUUGCUCUCCUCAGCACACCGAUUAAAGUCAUAUUUUUUAAAACAAA